CACUCUAUUCUUAAUUCUCUAUCUGGAGCACAGGAGCAGAAGGUCGACUUUAUUGCGGUUUAUGUCAGGUUGACGGUUUUAAGGAUUAAAUUAAUUUCUUGAUGCGGGUGAUGAUUAUUUGAUGUGCUCCUUUUGAUCUGGAAUACUUCCUUCUUGGGGUUUUUGAAAACGUUUUCCUCUCACAGACGUUAUCUGUGGUUUUCUCUGAACACAUUUGAUGUCUUAAUCUGAGUUUUGCAUAUUCAGAAGCCAUGAGUGUUAUAGCUGUGAGUUCAGGGGACAGCAGCAGAGCUGGCUUUGACCUCAUGCAAAACCACAUCGAGUCUCUGAGCAGCAAAAUGGACAAGCUCAUGAAUAUUCAAGAAAAGGUCCUGAACCGACUCGAUGGGAUGUCACACGAUAUUGACGACAUUGAACAGGAUAUGGAGAAUCUUAAGGUUGACAAAGAAGAGAUUCACGUAUCACCCAAAGUUAUGAACCAGACCCAGAUAGGGAGAGAGGUGAAGGAGAUCUGCAAGGAGAUGAGCACCAUUAUUUCAGUGGUGAACCAGAGGUCUGAACAGCAGUCUCAGAAGCUGGAAGGAAUGGAAAAGCUGGUCCUCAGCAUGCAGCAGGUCAUCAGCUUCAUCGGGGAGACGGUGAAGCGUUCAAAGGUUAUGGAGAUGAUGUUCAAAGGCCCAGCAGCUCGGAAGGGCUCCAAACCCAAGGACAAUAAAGGAAGGCUAGCCGUUAAGAAGAAAUCUGCAGAUACAAUAAGUAGAAAGCUCGACAAGGAAAUGAUGCAGAAAGGAAAAGGGGAUAUAGGGCAGGGGAUGGUGGAUGAAAAACUUCAGUCGAAAGACCACAAAGGAAAAGAUGGAACGGAUCUGGGCCAGAAAAAAAUGCAAAAGAAGUCGAAAACUCCAGACGUAGCAGUUUUUGCACUUCUUGUAGACAACAUCUCCCUAAAGAAACAAGCUCUUCUUCUUGAAGAGGUCCUGAAACUCAACAAGGAGAAUGCGGAGAAGUCAAACGUCUUGGUCGUUCCUCCAGAUCUGGAGGCUGGAAUGCUUCCCGAAGAUCAAGUUCCUGACGUUUUCACUGAAAAACUAGAGGACUCUGUAGCUUUGACUGAGGAGGAGGCCACGGAAAGAGACCACGAAGAAGAAGCAGCAGGAAUAGAAGGAGAAGCCACGCUCAGUGUGGAAGAUGAGAAGAUCAGUACAGAAGAAGACAAACACAAAUUCAAGGAGGAGACAGAGGAAAGGAAUGAUUCGGCUGCUAAAGAAGUUCCAGAGGAUUUUCCUUACAAAGAACAUGAAGAAGAAGUGGAGAAAAUUAGUGACAGCAACAAGGACGCAACAUCAACCACAGAGACUGAAGGGGACCAAAUGAUUGAGACCCAGGAGGAGGAAGAGGAGCAGAGGAAUGGGUCUGAGGACUGGGCUGUCUUCAAAGCAGAUGGAGUUGAGCUGCAGUUUAGCCUUAAAGACAAACUGGAGGGUGAGAAGACGGAACAGGAACCAGAAAAGGAUGACGAAGACGCUGAUGCUGAGCGCUUCUUUAUAGAAUCCGGGCCUCCUCCAUCUGCUCCUUUUAAUCACCGCAUGGUUUCUGCCAAACCCAACCAGAUCAGGAACUUCUACACCAUCAACUGGCAGGAGGUCCUGGGCGGGGGGCGCUUUGGCCAGGUGCACAAAUGUAUCGAGAACUCGUCCGGCCUCACUUUGGCUGCAAAGGUCAUCAAAGCCAGGAGCCAGAAAGAAAAGGAGGUGGUGAAGAAUGAGAUCCAGGUCAUGAAUAAUCUGGACCAUGCCAACCUGAUCCAGCUCUAUGCAGCUUACGAGUCAAGGAAUGACAUCAUCCUUGUACUGGAAUAUGUUGGUGGAGGAGAGCUGUUUGACAGAAUCAUUGAUGAAAACUACACUUUGAUGGAGCUGGACGCUGUGGUCUUCAUUAGGCAGAUCUGUGACGGCCUGCAGUACAUGCACAAAAUGUCCAUACUGCAUCUGGACCUAAAGCCAGAAAACAUACUGUGUGUGAGCAGAGCCACCAGUAAGAUAAAGAUCAUUGACUUUGGCCUUGCCAGGAUAUACAAACCUAGAGAGAAGCUGCGCGUUAACUUUGGAACUCCAGAGUUUCUUGCCCCGGAGGUCAUCAACUUUGACUUUGUGUCAUUCAACACGGACAUGUGGAGCCUUGGGGUCAUCACCUACAUGCUCCUGAGCGGUCUGUGUCCUUUCCUUGGUGAUAACGACACAGAGACUCUGAACAACAUCUUGGCCUGUAAGUGGAACUUUGAGGAAGAAGAGUUUGUGGAUACAUCAGAGGAGGCCAAAGACUUUAUAAGAAGACUUCUAAUCAUCAAUAAAAGCUGGAGGAUGGGGGCAUCUGAGGCAUUAAGGCAUCCGUGGCUUUCUGAUCCUGUCCUUCAUCAUCGUCUUCACACGAAGAAAACAAUGUGCAAAUCCCGAAGAUCAUCGUGUGUGCCUCACAGUGAAAGCUAAUAGCUCAUUGCUGUGACGGCCCCUGCUGUGACCACUUGGACCAACCCUUCUGUCUGUGUAAAUCACCUGAAUUCCAGUCUGUGCACCUGAAACACGGACUGAAAUGUCCUCAUCCUGCAAACCUCCACUCAUCACAGACAACUGCCACUGCCAUAUCACAGACAACCAAAAAAAAACCUUGGAAAACAAUUUUUCAGGUGUUAGCAGUUAAUCUGCAUGCAGUGUCUUUUACUUGUAGUGCCUUAUCUCUGAAAGAUGUAACUACCGUGCAAGAAGCAGAUAUAAAACAAAGUGAUAGAAUGAUUGUAAUAUCAGCUAAUCUAGUAAAGUUAUCAUUCAGUCUUUACAUAUUUAUGAAUGUCAGGUUGCACUUUGAUAGUUAUAAAAAAUAGCUUUAGAGCUGUGCUGCAGUGGGUUUAUUAUUGGAUGUGUUACUUGAUAUUUUAUAUAUGGUGCCAUCUGAUAAAAGCUUUAAAAUACACUUUUUUGGAAUACACUGAACAUUUUGUUUGAUCACUUUCACUUCAGCACAAGUUGCUCCAUAAUUUACUUUAAUUAUUCUUAUGUAAUCCUUUUUUAAGAAAAAACUGUGUUGUUUUGUUUUUAUUUUCUUUACGGAUGCGCAUACCUGCUCCCUUUCUGCAGAAGAAAUCAGGUCAUGUAAAUGAGAAGAUCCACUGGGCAUUCCACUAGAUAGGUAAACAAGUAAUACAAUAAAUGAUUCAUUGGAAUAAAAAAGGACAGGUUUAAAAAAAUAUUGUGUUUGAGGACAGAAUGGAAUUUGCGUGGUUGGUGUCAGAAAAAAUAGUUUGUGCACUUUAUAUUAUUAUUGAAACAAAAAAACAAUAGACUAACCUGCUGCGGUAAACAGACUUGUUUGGCUGCUUCUCCUCAUUUCUCCUGCAAUUGUUUAAAAAGAAAACAGGCUUUACUAGAAAAUAACUCUUCAGCAGCAAAGCACACAUAUUAUCAGCAAACUGUUGUUCAGAUUUGUGUUGCAUGAGUCUUGUUAGCAUUGUGUAAAAUCAGCAUGGUUUGCAUGGUCAUUUUUUUUAAAGUUUAUUCAAAUUUUAUAUUUAAAUUUGCUGUAUUUUGGGUCAUCUUAGUAAUAGGAAGUCAUAUCAUGUUUGUAUCUUUGUAUCCAUGACACUUUAGAGGACAUUCUCACCCAACUAGGAUUUCUUAUCAAGCACCUUCUGUGAAGGUUCACACUCUACUUAUGUUGGGGUGGAAAUGUGAGGUUGUAGUUUACCUUGAUGAUGAAUGUAAUGUAAUGGUUUUUUUUUUAGAAAAUAGAGUGAUGGGGAAGUUAUUCUCACUUAGCGCUAACAAAUUCAGCAUGUAAUUCUGAAUUGUGCACACCCCUAUUAAAUGAAAACUAUGGUCUUAAAGA